AUGAAACAAAACGGCAUGCUUUGGGUUCAGCAGAACGAAAAAUCCAGGUUCCAACCUCGGCGGCAAAUGUUUUUGUGUCCUCUCAAACAUGCUAUGCUAUGGGCUCCGUUUCAAGCGACCUGGAUCCAAAAUCGUCGGAACGUUGUGCUGGAUUACAUAAUCAAGCACGUGAGACUAUUUUUUUUUCAUCAAUCUACAGUCAGCUGCUUCAAUAAAUUUCAAAACCCCGAUGAAAUUAAUGAAUUCCGGUUUUUCCCCUGUCUUCUCCGCACCCCCACCAAAGUAUGCUUUUUCAGUACUCUGAGCUGCGGCGGGGACGACUUCUCCAGCGCAGCUCGGAAGUCCCGCUACACCAGUUUUUCCGGAGUCCUCAAUCAAUUCUUAGUCAGUUCGACUGGAAUAGCAUUGCUUCACCGAAAAGCGGGGAAAAAAAGCAUUUCAAAACCAUUGUCAAGCAUUGUCAAAUUUCGAUCCGGACAAUAA